AUGGAACCGUUUAAAAUAACAGCAUGGUGCUUUGUAGUAAUAUCAUUUUGUGGUCAUAAUGUGUUCGCAAAUCACAAUGAUCCUAUAGCUACUUUAGAAUAUCUGGAAUACUGUUUUGAUUCUAUGGAGAGGGACCUUCUGGAGAUUGGGGAGUACAUAGAGGUCAUUUCCCAUGCAUACACGGAAGUAUUUCACAGUAAAAUGAAAGGUCAACGUGAAGAUAAAAGAAACAAAAUUCUAACGAAUGAAGACUAUUCACAAACAAAAGAGCGUAAUGGACGUGUGCCCGCCAAUGUCAACGUUUCAAUAUUGUUUUCUCCAACAAUGCGAACCCCGACAACUACAGCAACACCGACCAAUCCUCUGACAACGAUAUCAUCAACACCGACAACUACACAAAUAACAAAUACAAAGACAACAAUAACUACAACACCAACAACGACAACUACAAUACUAUCAACUGCAACAACACCGACUACAUCUACAACAAGACCAAUUACAGAUACAACAACACCAACUACAACUACAACACCAACUACAACAACAACACCAAGUACAACAACAACUACAACAACACAAACUACAACGCCAACUACAACAACACCAACUACAACAACAACUACAACAACAACACCAACUACAACAACACCAACUACAACAACUUCAACAAAAACAACUACAACACCAACUACAACAACAACACCAACUACAACUACAACACCACCUACAACAACACCAACUACCUCAACAACCCCAACUACAACAACAACACCAACAACAACAACACCAACUACCACAACAACACCGACUACAACAACAACACCAACAACAACUACAACACCAACUACUACCACAUUACCCACUACCACUGAACGCAUCAUCCCACCGGUUGUGUUCCAAGCGUCGCUUACAAAUGUAUAUCCUAUAAUGAGUUCCAAACAGGUUAUAGUGUUCGACCGGGUGAUCACCAAUGUCGGUCACGCAUACGACAGUAAUUUUGGACUGUUCAAGGUACCGUACAAUGGUGUAUACGAAUUCAUAGUGACUGUGGCUGCAGCUAAAAACCACUUUGUAGAUGUGAUGUUGGUGCAGAAUGCUGCCAUCCUUUGUAAGGCUCAUGCAGCAUUAUCUGAUCAGGGUAUUGGCAUUUGUGUGGCAAUUGUGCAUGCUACAAAAGAUGAUGAUAUAUUUGUUCGUCACUUCAAUGGGAAAGGGUCACAUUUGACUGGACAGAAUGGCUAUUCGCCCUUUUCAGGACAUUUGAUCAGUGCAGAUGUUAUCAACUAA